AUGUGCGUGCUCCAAGCACGAGCAAAUAAAUUAACUAAUUUGGCUGGAGUGGCCAUAUCGGCUCAUGAACACACCGGACAAAAACGCAAGAGAGAAGAGAAGAAAAAGGCUGACAAGUCACAGGCUGAGCCUGCGAAGGUUGUAAAACGGGAUCCUUUUGCUGACUCUGGUGAAAAUGUGAUGCUUGUUCAACAACUGCGGGAUCAAAUCGCCAAACUCAACUCCAUAGUUGCGCAAAAGGAGGCAGCUAUGCUUGAGAAGGACAAAAAGAUAGCAUCACUGCAAGCAGAUUUGAUGAGUGCUGAAAAGAAGCAUCGCGAAAAGGUGGAGCAACUCUUAAAAGAUAAAGACGAAGCAAUCCAGAUGGUGAUUGAAAGGCAAAGACAGGCCAACAAACAAGCAAGUAAAGAAGUGAUUAUUGUCGAUUAUCAGUCUCGCAUGAACAUCUUAUUACAGGUAUAG